CCCUCCCUACCUCUCUACAGUCAUACCCUAAAUGCAUUGAAGAAAUUCAGAAAAACCAACCAAACAAUUUGAAAAAACAAUAAUGGCUUCAUCGGAUAAUUUGGCGACGAUUGAACCAUGGAUGCUCAGAUCCACAAUCGGCGGCGAUUCAUGGUACUCAGAUGCUUUCUCAAAAGAAACCGAAACCGCUCUAACCAAAGCCCUGCAACAAUCUUUUUUUAAUCGGAACCAACAUCCCGAUAUCGUCUCCGCUGCUAACCACCCGAUUUCCUCCUCUUUUAUGGUGAAGCAAAGUGAUUAUUGCAGUACUACUGCGUCGGCGUCGACGAUAACCGCCAGUGGUUCCGGUUCGGAGCCCGAAACCCCCGGAUCCAAAAGGCGGGGACCAAACCUGUGUGUGUCUGUUGGGAAAACGGCCAAGCGUAAGUCACGUGCGUCGAAACGGUCGAUGACCACGUUCAUCCAGGCGGACCCAAGUAAUUUUAGGCAGAUGGUUCAGCAGGUGACCGGGGUGAAGUUAGAAGGUAAUGGACAUAUGCCGGUUUCCACGGUGGUGAAACCGGAAGCCCUCCGACAACCCUUUAUCAACAAGUUACAAGGACUGUUGCCGACGUUGGACACGUCACGUUAUUUGCUUGAUCACCAUCACAACAAUAAUACCCAACGGAUAGCUGUUUCCGGCACCGGAUUCUCUCGACCUCCGGCGAUGGCCGACGGUGGAAUCGAUUUUGACUCUUUCUCUAGCUUUCCUACACUUGAAUCAUGGAACUAAUUGUAACAAGGGUGUUGCUUCUGUUCUGUGGGUGCUGUUUCUUUGAUUUGUUAGUAGCUGGUAGGGAAUCGUUUUGUCAGAGCUGUAAUUGUUAAAUCCAGAUCAAUCAUGCUAUAAAGACUUGUACCUUAUUCAGACUGUGAAUUGGGUUUUUUUGGAUCUUGGAAAUUUUGCUGACAUUUUGUCAGAUAUUGCACCAAAGUUUGAAAAGGAAGUGACGAUCAGGAUUCAGC